ACAGUGAGUAGACGUGUUUCCGCAAAAAAAUCAAAUAAUCAAAAAAAAAAUUCCAUAAAAAAAACUUCGCAAAUCACUCCCUUUAAAGACCAAAUUUAAUUUUUUACACAACAAAAAUGAGUCAAAGUCAAACAGAAACCCAGAAUGGAAACAACCAAAAUAAUCAUCAGAAUGGUCGGAACCAAGUUGACGAAGAUGGGGAACCAAUUCGUGAGCAAGAAUGUCUUCGCAAGUUGUUCAUCGGCGGAUUGGAUUAUCGCACCACGGACGAGACCUUGAAGGCGUAUUUCGAGAAAUGGGGCAAAGUUGUGGAUGUCGUCGUAAUGAAAGACCCGAAAACAAAACGUUCACGUGGUUUUGGUUUCAUCACGUACUCGAAAUCUUUCAUGGUUGACGAUGCCCAAAAACAACGCCCACACAAAAUUGACGGACGAGUUGUCGAGCCAAAACGUGCUGUGCCACGUCAAGACAUCGCCCGUCCCGAAGCAGGUGCUUCUGUGAAGAAACUUUUCGUUGGCGGUCUCCGCGAUGACUUCGAAGAGGAGCAUUUACGCGAAUAUUUCUCGACAUUCGGCAACGUGACAUCCGUCGUUCUCGUAACGGAAAAAGAAACGGGCAAAAAACGCGGCUUUGGCUUCGUCGAGUUCGACGAUUACGAUCCCGUCGACAAAAUUGUCCUGCAAAAAAAUCACACGAUCCAAAAUAAGUUGCUGGACGUCAAAAAAGCGCUUUCCAAGCAGGAAAUGGAUCGACACAAGGAUGCUCAACGGCAGGGCGGCGGCGGCGGAGGCUACGGAGGUCCUCCAAUGGGUCGAGGGUAUGGAAAUCAGGGCGGCGGCAAUAAUCAGUGGGGCAAUCAGGGCAUGCGCGGCGGCAAUCAAGGCGGUUGGAAUCGCAACGAUGGCGGUUGGGGCAACGAUCAGGGCGGUUAUGGCAAUGGCGGGUACAAUAAUCAGGGCGGCGGUUGGAAUCAAGGCGGGCACGUGCAAGGAGGUCCGUGGGAUCAUCAGGGGAACCAAUGGGGCAAUCAGGGCAACCAGAAUAACGGCGGAUGGGGUCACGAUGACUUUGGUAACAAUUACCAACAGGGAUACAAUGCGGGACCAGUGCGUGGCGGCGGAUUUGGCGCCCAAAAUAACAGAGCGGCACCGUAUGGAGGACCCCCAAAUAACUACGGCAACCAAGGAGGCUUCGGCGGUAACCAAGGUGGAAAUUUUAACAGGAGAUACUAAAAAAAGACAGAAUUUCAUUGAAAUUGCUUGUGGUCAAUAGGUUCUGCCCAAUUUUAGAGUCAAAAGAUAGGGUAAAAAGUCAGGUUCUCAGAAAAGAAAGAAAAAAUUUGUUAGAAAAAAAGAAAGAAUUGCAGAAAAACAGGUUUUUGGUAGGAGACCCCCAGAGAGAAACAGGUGUUGACAGGUAUAAAAAAAGGUGCAGUUUGUUGACCACAAGCAAUUUUGAUAAAAAGCAAAAAUUACCCCGUAAUUUUAUCACACACAAACACUAUUAAUUAUUAAUGUUUAGAUUUACCAUUUACAUAUGUCCGUGGAUUUAGAAUUAAAAAAGAGACAAAAUAACAACAUCACAUUGACAAAUGCUGUUAGUGAUGAUGCAGAUGACAAAGAACUUUAUUAAAAAUAUAGGAAUUAAGUCAGUAUUUUAUAUAUUAAAGAAAAUCAACUAAAAAGUCAGAUGUAAUUUUUAUAUAUUAUAAAAAAAUCUUUAGUUAGUUUUUUUUUACAAUUCCACCCUCCGUAGUGAUUUUUUUUAAUGCCAAGAGAGAGCUUUUAAUUUAAUUUUUCUGUUUAUUAAUUAAAUAAAAAAAAACAGAAAAAAAAUCUCUCAAAAUAUUUUCAACUAUAAAAAAAUAAUUUGCCUAA